AUGAGGAAAAGAGAAAGAGAGAAUCCGUGUGGGGUUUGUGGGCAUUACCACAAGUACGAGGAAGGCGAGGUUUGCGGCAUCUGCGGCCACCGCAUGCCAUCCGGCUCCGACAAUUCUGCCGCCUCUUCGAUCCAAGUCAGCGCCUUUCCCUCCGAGAUCCUGCCGGAAUUCCUCUACUUAGGCAGCUACGAUAACGCCUCCCGUGCUGAGCUUCUCAAGACCCAGGGUAUCUCGCGUGUCCUCAAUACAGUUCCUGCUUGUCAAAAUCUUUACAAGAACUCCUUUACCUACCACUGCCUUCAAGAUGACCAAAAAUUGGCAUUUGAUGAUGCAAUCAAGUUUCUUGAACAAUGUGAAAUAGACAGGGCACGGGUUCUUGUGCACUGCAUGUCAGGAAAAAACAGGUCGCCAGCUAUAGUUAUGGCUUACUUGAUGAAAAGCAAAGGUUGGAAACUUGCACAAAGUUACCAAUGGGUGAAAGAGAGGAGACCUUCAGUUGAACUAACUCAAGCGGUCUACCAGCAAUUACAGGAAUAUGAACAAAAGAUUUUCAGUUCAACAGAGAACAAAGUUUCCAUGCCGAGCUUCUCGCCUCCAAGCCUGCCAUCUUUCAGCUUUGGCUUCCCAAAGCCUAAUGAUCCACCUGUUCCCGUUUUCAAUAACAGUCUUGCCACUUCAUUCUUUUCCCACCAACCGUUGGACAUUCCUCAGGAAUUCAGCUUCGGAGCAGGGCAAGCACAGAAAAACACUUCUGACGAUGUUACCACUUAUGGCGCAAACACAAAUAUUUCUAAUGUUAAUGAUGUUCCCAUGGGUGGUCCCUGA